AGGUGGUAGAUCCCUAGUUAGCCAAGACACGUUGACGAGCCAUCGUGGCAGCAUGGCAGCAGCGCACGAUACCAUCCCUCGACGCUUCUCCCUCUUUUUCUUCUUCUUCGUCUUCCUCUUCUUCUCCUUGCUGCUACCUCGAGAUUCACGCUGGCUGCAACUUUAAUACACAUCGUUGUAAACUCCGAUAUACAUCGACAACCGAGUUCGAACGCGAUUCCAGUUAACUUACGAUGUAGUUUGUAAUUCAUUUUGUCAACGUUGCGAGUGCGCUCUUACACGCUAAAGGAGGAACAGUGCGUAACAGUGCGGCUAUGUCUUCUCUGUGUUUCAAGAUCAGACUGAAAAUUCGAUCACGAGGGGAUAGAGGUGAAUAACGAUUCGAGAGAUUGCCUACGUACGGUUCUACCGAGAUAGAAGAGACUCGGCGCGUCUUUCAGAAGAGAACUUUGUCCAGCGAUGGAAGGAUGCGCGUUGUUUUCUAUCGAGCAGUUGUGCGAGACGACCACGUGUUUACGUUGAUUUUUCGUUCCGUGUGAAUCGUGCAAAAGCGAUGACUCAGAUGCAGAUCAUCGCGUCGAACGGACGGAACAAGUACCGUAUACCUGUUAGGCUUGGAAAUUGUUAACCGUGCGAGCGAGUUUGAGUUGUUUCAAAGUCGGAAAACAGUGUUUUAAACGAAGAGUUUGAAAAAUCUUUCCGCCGAUCUUAAAUACAUCGUGUAACGAAUACUGACUCGUGAUACUUGUCGGUAGUUAAUAGAUAGUUGGUAGUUGAUAAUUGUUAAUCGUGCAAGCGGAAGCGGGUAAAAGGACGAGCUUCGAAGCGAAGAAAACGGUAGGCCAUUUUCUCGCGCCGAGAGAAUCGACGAAACGCAAAUUUACCGCAUCGAUCAACGAUCGAUGAUCGUUCGAAUCGCUGGAUAUGGAGAACCGAAUCACGUGGCAACAUGCACAUGGUUUUCAGGCUAUGAAUGAAAAUAUCUGGCAGAUUUUCUGCAGAAGCCUUUAGAGGAAACCGGCAGGUCUUCCAAGCCAUAAAGGGAGACCAGAGGGGCUGGACCACGUCUCUACAGAGAGGAGGCAAUCCGUCCGUGUAUUUUGUCGAGAGAGGCGGGGGAAGGGGGUGUCUCUAAGGGCGGCUACGACCAGAAAUUUCGCAGAGAUGGAGUUUCUGCAGAAUCAUCACACGGUGAACACCUCCGAACCGCCGUACACCCUUGGCACAGGUUCGGUAGGAAGUAUCGAGGCCACCAUACCUUCCGGCCUGUGCACCGGGUCUCUUGGUGUCCUGUCCACCGAAGACACCUUAACGGAUAAUCAAAACGAAGAGACUCUGGGUGCACUGCAGGGCACGCUUCGUCUACAGGAUCUGCAAAAUUCUCCGCAAGACAUCGGCGGUGAUCAAACGCAACACAUUCAAAAUUCCGGACAGAACCAAGUAGUCAGCGAGUUUGGGGCGAGCUUCUGGGUCGACGAUAUGGCUGGUUUUCCAUUGCCACCGCUGGACCUGGACCCGUUACCUCCCGGUCUCUUCAGUCCAUGCUCGGCAACCUACAAUUGGGGUUGCACCAGAGGAGAAUGUGCGCCGAGAACGAGCAACGCGAACGGGGAAGGUGUCGCGGACGUGUUACUAUCGUUAAAACAUGCGGUGGUCCAUCCUGGAAGUCCUACCGGCGGAUACUACUCCACGGCAGGAUCCACUCAUCAUUAUUCUCAAGAUUAUACUCAAAAUCUUGGCCCACCUGUCCCACCCACGCAUUACGCGUCCACACCAGCCAUGUCUGUUAACGUUUCUAUGAAUAUGACCAUGAACAUGAACAUGCACUCUGGGUACGAGCAAAGCUAUUCGUCGGCGUGGGGCGUGGAACCCCUGUUAAGUCCCGCCCAGCAGUAUAAUCCUGUGGAGCAGCAGGCAAGGGUGAAUCAACCCCCGGCCAAUAGUCUGAUCGGCACCAGUACCCAUCCUCAUUCUCAUCCCCCAGCGCACGGCCAUUCCAGACUGCAAUUGUCCAGUGAGCAUGCUCUGUGCAUAGGCGCCACCGGGAACCCAGUCACACCCGACGACAAUGGCAGACCUAACCUAUGCCGAAUUUGCGGCAAGUCGUAUGCGCGACCCAGCACCCUCAAGACGCAUCUUAGAACGCACUCUGGGGAGAAACCGUUUAGGUGUCACGCGUGCUCCAAGGCAUUUAGUCAAGCCGCGAAUUUAACUGCCCAUGCUAGAACUCAUUCGGGAGAAAAACCAUUUCGAUGUCCAGUAUGCGAUCGGAGAUUUUCGCAAAGCAGUUCCGUAACCACACAUAUGAGAACGCACUCAGGAGAACGUCCGUAUAGAUGUCGAUUCUGCAAAAAGGCAUUCUCGGAUAGUUCUACAUUAACCAAACAUCUUCGUAUUCACUCUGGCGAGAAACCAUAUCAGUGUAAGCUGUGCUUGCUGAGGUUUAGCCAAAGCGGUAAUCUGAACAGGCAUAUGAGAGUCCAUGGCAGUUCUCUGACGUGACACAGCUCAAUAUCGAUUAUCGAUAACAAUCGUGUUCUACCGCGAUGUUGUCGAAUACCUGUGAUUCAACUUGGCUCGAGCUUACCGGCGAAAAUGUAAAAUAAAAUAACUGCGACGAAUGUUGAUACUCUCAACGAUAGAGUUCUGCUUCCUGACUGACUCAAAUUUGCAAAGCGUUCGUGCGAACACUUGGUUAUUUAAGGGCUUACAUUUGAAUAUUUUUUUAAACGAUACACAAGACAAGUAAUAAUCACAAUAUGUGUUAUAUUUGGCAUUAGGAACUCAUCAAGAAUUCAUUAUAUAUAUAUAUAUAUGUGUGUGUGUGUGUGUGUGUAUAUAUAUGUAUACGUCAUAUAUACAUAUAUAUAUAUACACACAUCGUCAUCAUCAUUACCAUUAUCAUCAUCAUCAUCAUCACCAUCAAUCACCACCAUCAUCAUCAAUCGCCAUCAUCAUCAUCAUCAUCAUCAUCACCACCAUCAUCACCUCCUGAAUCGGAACAUUAAAUCGAAGGAAAUAAAAAACGAAAUGUAUCGGCAUCGUUAUAAUUGUUAGAAAGUAUGCACCCGCGAAAUUUCUUGUUCGUCCACUUAUACGUUCACGAAUUGUUUACAAAUAGGUCAGGAUAGGUUAACAGGGUAUCGCAGAUUUAGACCUACAGCAUCCACCACAGCACCGUUGAUUAUUGUACAAAUAUUGUAUUUAUUAUAAUUAUUAUUAAUUAUAAUAUUAAUGUUGCUGUUUUCACCAUCUUCAAUUUUCAUUAUGUGGCUUUUUCUCUCUCAGUUUGCUUCUUUUUCGUAAGUGUAAAACGAACGUGUUUUGGCGCCAUUUCCAUCGAACAAAAAAAAAAAAGAAAAAAGAACGACCUCUCUAUAUAUAAUAUAUAUAUACAUAUAUAUAACAUAUUUAUACAUAUAUAUAUACAUAUUAUAUAUAUUAAUAUAUAAUAUAUAUAAUAUUCGUAUGAGAACGACUAAUUAAAAACGGAUGAAUGAAUAUGUGAGUUCUUUUUUGUUUGUAAUCCCACAGCAUCAGGACCCACAUACUUUCUCGUAGAAAGAAGGGGGGAAAAGGAGGCUUCAUAUUCGCCGGCUAGUUGGUAAUUAAGUGCGCAGAUAUUGGUUCAUGAAUCCUCGCAUUAAUUUACCUCUCUUCACAAUUAAAACUAUAUAAAAACAACUCUCUCCAUCAUUUAGAGUAGUAUCUCCUAUUCAUUCGUCAAAAUUCUCUCGCUCACGCUCUCGUUCUUUCUUCAUAUAUAUAUAAUGAUGUAUUUAUAAGUAAUAAUAUUCUUGAAAAAGAAAAGAAAGAAAACGUAUGUAUAAUGUUCCUACGUUAUGUACCGGUACGACUUGUUGCAGAGACGAGCUGACCCCCGAUUCUCUAUAUUGAAGUCCACUAAACAAACCUGCAACUUUUUGGACCAUCUCGUCACGCGACAAACGUACCACGUGUAGCGUGUACGUAGCGUAUCUCUAUUUAGAACUGUAUAAUGUCAUCUCUGUCACACUGUAUGUGUCUCUGUGAUGCUUUAUGUUUUCAUUUCUUCUUUCUCUCUCUCUCUCUCGCUCUCUCUCUCUCGCUCUCUCGCUCGCUCGCUCGCUCUCUCACUCCUACAUCGUCUCAUAUUUAUCGAUCAAGUGUUGUUCGGUAAUUUGAUCUUUACAACAGUUGGAAUGGUUUGUCAUUCGCUUGUGAAAGCUUCGAAGCAAAAGCUCGUGUAAGGUGCAUAUUUAUCCCAAAAGCAUCGAUGAAUAAUACCAAACAACUCAGUCUAUUUUUGUCUUCCGAACGACUUUAAAUAAUAUUGAGAGGAAAAAAAAAAAAAAAAGAAGAAGAAAAGAAAAAAUCCUUUCAUCUGACGUAAUAUACACAUGUAUCGAUCGCUGAGAAACUGAAGAAUUAAUCGUCUAUACCUAUAUAUACAUAUAUAUAUAUAUAUAUGUAUAUAUAUGUAUAUACAUAUGUAUAUGUAUAUAUAUAUAUAUCACUUUUCUUCUCACAAUAUUUGCACUCCUCUUGAAACACGGGCACGCAGUGUGUUGGAGAGUUGAACGCUCUUUACAACCGUACGACAAUUCCGAAAUGGCGUCUAAAAUUAAUAACCAACGCCAUUACGACGAUCCGCAAUUAUACAUGACGACGAUUAACCAUCGCGAUAAAUUUUACUUUCUCUCCGACAAACGAAAUGAUACAAAAAAAAAAACCGAAUAGAUAUGUGUGUCUCUAAAAUAGAUUUUUCAUAUUCUUCAUUUUUUUUCUCUUUUUUCUUUUUUAUUUAAUUAUUAUCAUCGUUUUUAAUCAUCUUUUUCUCAAAAAAUUGUCCAUUUUGUCCUUUCUUUCAUCUUUUUUUUUUUCGUUUUUUUUUUUUUCUUUUAAUGAUUCAUCUUUCGAUAAUAUAUUCAAGUGUUCGUAACAUCGCAUUUUUACUUUACUUAAUACAAUAAUUAAUCAUAUUAUAAUUAUCAAUUAAUAAAACUUGUCUCUGUUCGUACUACCUUUCGCUCGUGUGUUCUUUCGUUCUCUCUUUCUUCCGUACACAAUCUCACUCACUUAAAGAACGCUAACCGAUAGGUAUUUAUCUUCUCUGAAACAAUAAGUGGUUUUUUGUCCCUUUCAGAAAACACAAAAAUACUCUGUAUCAAAAUGCCACUUAUCGAUGUUACCUAUUAUUAUUGUUAUUAUUAUCGUUAUUUACGAAUUUAAACACUUCGGAUGAAGAUGCUGCAUUCAAUUACGGAACGUUAAGGCAUUCGUGAGUGUAACUCGAAAAAAGUACAAAAAUAGAUGCCACAAAAAUUAAAGACGACACGUUUUUCUCAGUUUAUUGAAGCAAUUCGUUUUACUAUACACCCGCGUUGAUCCUAUCGUCACCAAUAAGUUGUUUUAGCAGUAAACAGCAUUCGUGAAAAGGAGGAAACUAAUUUUUUAUCUACAAAAGUCAUAUCAUGUCCCAUUCAAAAAUAUAUCGUCCAUUCGUUAUCAUUCUUAAUGUACAAUAAAAAAAUCAUAUUUAACAACCCUAGAGUCCAUAUUUCUGCAACUUAAACAAUCUCUCGCAUUUAUAUGUACACCUCAAAUGUUCGCAUGUAAAAUAAAAAGAAAACUUACAAAAUUGGGAGAAUUAGAACAAUCGGAAUUUAUAAAAUUUCAAUUAUCAAGAGCAGUUUCUUCCCUUCUCACGAAUACCAUUCUUCUUUUACUAAGUUUUUCAAUACAUUUUUAAUUUGUUUUACCAAUCGGUGCGUGAAGACAAACAAACCUUACUUUGAUCGUACAUAUAUAUCGUAAGGCAAUUGAAAUGCGUCUGUUUGUAUCGGUAAUCGACAUUUAAAAAUAUGAAUAAAUCAGGCAUUCGGUUUCACCAAGUCCUAUUUAGUACUAUCAACAACAUAGUGAUGUACCGCACGCUUGAGAAUGCCCCAACGGUUACAUAGUUCUUUACAAUUUCCUUCGUUACUUUUAGCCACUUUUACCACAGGUAAGAUAUACUACCGACUUCGUAUCCUUUUUUCUUGUUCUUUUCCUUUUGUCACGCAGCAUUUUCAUGAUCUUUAAGUGAAACAUAAAAAUGUAUCUGUGAGCAACUACAUUUUCCAUUUUAAUAUAAUAUACUAACACUGAGAGUCACAACGUCCACGAAAGAAAUAAAGUUUGUAAAAAUUAUUCAAGUUGCCAAAUUAUAUAUUUAUAUAUACGCUCUCGGGAGUAUGGUUCUCUUUUAGAAACAAAAACUAAAGAGCAUGCGCGAACCCAAAUACAGUGUGGCAAAAUAAUGCAUGACUUCGCUAAAAACAUGUUUCAUGUUUGAAAUGAAAGAAUAUGAAGGAUUAAAACAUAUAAUAUAUAUAUAUGCGCGGUGUGUGUGUGUAUAUGUGU